AUGUUAAAUGAGAACCGCGAUGAGCACACAACAAAAAUAUUGGACUUAAGUCGUAAACUAAUGCUUUUGUCUAGAUUAAUUUUAACGCUAACUUUGCUAGCUGCAGUUACGGCUGAUGUAUCCCACUUAUUUUCGCAUAGUGAUAACCUCCAGGAUGAUGGAUAUCAUUACAAUAAGCCAAGCGGAGGUGCCGUAGUAGAUAUUCCAGCGUCUCUUAGACAUUCCGCUUCAGCUCCGUCUGAGUCAUACUCAGGGGUCUCGUCCUACCAUGGUGCUGCCUCAUCUUAUAGUUCUGCGCCAGCUCCAGUUGCAGCCCAUCCCUCAGGGGGAUUUGGCGGCUCGUCUUAUGAAGCUGCUUCAGCUCCAGCUGCUUCAUACUCGGGUUCUGCAGGAUCUUACUCCCAAGGUUCUUCUUACGGAGUGGGUUCUCACCACGUCGCCUCUGCUGGUACAGCUCCCGCUGUUUCUUAUUCAUCUUAUUCUACUGGAUCAGCUUCCCAUGUAGCCUCAGCUUCAGCUCCAUCCGCUUCUUAUUCCGGUUCAUCUUAUCAAUCUGCAUCAGUUUCUGCACCAUCUUAUUCACAUGGUUCUUCUCAUGGAGCAGCUUCUUCUCAUCAUGCUUCCUCGGUUCCCUCCGCUUCUUACACAAGUAGCUACCAAUCCGCGCCAGCCCCAGUCACUUCCUAUUCACAUGGAUCAUCUAAUCAAGCGGCUUCUGCUCCCGUAGGAUCCUUUACCACAAGUUCAUCUAACAUCGGUGGGGCUAUAUCACAUCAUGCAGCUCCAUCAGCAUCCACUGUUUCUUCUACACGUUUAGGAGCUGGUACCAAAGACGGCAGUGGAUAUCACUACGACGCUCCAAAGACUCCUUUUGAAAGUCGACCAGAACCAGUAAAGGAAUAUUUGCCACCACCGCCACCUAAACGUCCCACAACACCACCCCCACCACCACCACCACCAACUCCUAAGCGUACACCACCACCGCCACCACCACCAUCUCCACCAAAAGAAUAUCUACCUCCACCACCAACCAAUAAACCUUCUCCACCAGUACGGACUCCGCCACCACCACCACCGGCGCCAAAACGCCCACCUCCUCCACCAUCACCUCCAAAGGAGUAUCUUCCUCCGCCACCAACUAACAAACCUGCUCCACCUGCUCGCCCUCCACCACCACCGUCCCCACCAAAGGAGUAUCUUCCACCAUCUUCAUCACCAAAAGGUUAUUCCUAUCCUAAUGACCCGCAACCACCCUUCACCUCUUAAGCAAAAUCGAUACGAAUAGCUAGCGAGACUUUAUCUAGUAUUAGUAUAAUAAUUAGCACGUCAAUGUUUUUUAGGCAAGUGCCU